AUGAAUAAAAAAUACUUACAGAAUUUAGAUGCUUUACAUGAUCACUUGGGUACACUUUACCCGGGAAUGAGAGCGCCGUCAUUUCGAUGCACGGAAAGACCAGAGGAUGGUGCCUUGGUACUACAUUACUAUUCAGAUCGACCGGGUCUUGAGUACAUUGUAAUUGGGAUUGUUAAAACAGUUGCUAAAAGGCUCCAUGGAACUGACGUUGAUGUUCAAAUUUUAAAAACUAAAGAAGAGUGUGACCAUGUACAAUUUCUUAUCACUGAUACUUCAGCACCGGGUGUUGCUACAAAUCCUAUGAUUGCCGAUCUUGAAACGUUAUCUGUUGAGCCAAAAGUAAGUCCAAUGACAUUUUGUCGUGUUUUCCCGUUUCACUUGAUGUUCGAUCGUGACCUGACAAUUGUGCAAACUGGAUGCACAAUCACACGAGUCAUACCCCAAGUUACGAGUGGCAAUUGUAAACUCAAUGACAUACUUCUAACGGUACGACCACACUUGGAACUGACAUUCGAGAAUAUAUUGUCUCACAUCAACACCGUUUAUGUGUUGAAAACGAGAAAAGGUGUCAUGCAAGUUGAAGCUUCCGAAGAAUUUUCAAAUUUACGUCUGAAGGGUCAAAUGUUGUACAUACCAGAAUCAGACUUAGUAAUCUUUUUGUGCUACCCAAGCGUAAUGAAUCUCGAUGACUUAACCAGGUAA